UUUUUUUCAAGACAACCUAACGCUUCACUUAAUGGUUUCCACUCAGAUUAAAUCAAUAAGAAAAACAAUAUCUGUUAACAUAUUUCUCUUUUCUCUCUUACUCAUACCUAAGAGAGCCAUGAUGAUGAGUAAACGUUGUCGUCAUCUCUUAAGUCUAUUGUUCGUCUUUUCUCUUGUGAACUUCCCGUUCAUAACCAUAUCAGAGACGCCAUGUGCGUACCCGUGUUACCCGCCGCCAAUUGGUGGCGGAGGCUCAACUCAACCGGCCGGUUAUUACCCUCAACCGACCGCUUAUUAUCCUCCUUCAACCGGCUAUUAUCACCCUCCUCCAACUGGAAAUGUACCGAAUUACCCUUCUCCACCGUACGAGGGAGGUGAUUACGGCGGUGGAUAUUACGGUCCUCCACCACCGGACCCUAUCUUGCCUUACUUCCCGUUCUACUACAGAAAGCCUCCUCAUCAGACGGAUCAGUCAUCAUCAUCUGCUUCAGUGAAAUCAACGGUCAAGAUCGUAACGAUGGCAAAUAUGUUUGCGGUGCUUGCGUUACUUAUUGAUAACGUUUAGUUUACGAGUUAAAAGUAAGUUUCUUUCUUUGAAACUGUAUGUUACAUUUGCUAUAUAUGAAGUGAUGUGGUGUUUUAGGAUAUGCUCUAGUUUCUGUAAAGAUGAAUUAGCAAGUUGGAAAAAGGGUUUCACCUAUAGGCUAAGUCCUAAGAAAUUUAUUCGUUCCUCCUUUUCUUUUGCAUUGUUACUAUGCUUAAUCAUAUAUGAUCUUUUAAAGCAUUAUGUUUUUUUUUCUUUUUUUUUAAAAGCAUUAUGUUGUUAUUGUCGCAAUGCUAUCACUAGAAUAACCAGUGUGGAGAAAUUCACUUUCA